UGUUUUCCUUGUGACCCCAGCGAGUGGAGACUGAAGCUGCUGCUGGGAAUCAUCCGCGGCCACUGCCAUGGCUGAACGCCGCGCCUUCGCCCAGAAAAUCAGCAGGACUGUGGCAGCAGAGGUUAGGAAACAGAUAGCUGGACAGUAUGGGGGUUCCCCGCAGCUCUUCAAAAACCUUAAUGUUGGGACCACAACAAGCAACACAGUCCCCCUCACAGAGGCAGUGGAGCCAGUGGACUUUGAGGAAUAUCUCAUCACACAUCCUCCCAUCGUCGAGUCUGGUCCCUUGCGAGAUCUCAUCGAGUUUCCCCCUGACGACAUUGAGGUCAUCUACACACCCAGGGAGUGUCGCACUGUGGUCCCAGCUGUCCCAGAGGAAGGGGACACUGAUGCUCAUGUCAGAGACUGCGUCAGGUCCUACACAGAAGACUGGGCCGUUGUCAACAGAAAAUAUCAUAAGCUUGGAACAGGCUUUAACCCAAACACUCUGGACAAACAGAAGGAGCGUCAGAAAGGCCUCCCCAAACAAGUGUUUGAGGCUGAUGAGAUGCCGGACAGCAGCAGCUACCAGGACGACCAGGAUGAUCUGAAGCGGCGAUCGAUGUCUAUAGAUGACACUCCACGGGGUAGCUGGGCCUGCAGUAUAUUUGACUUGAAGAAUUCCCAGCCCGAUGCCCUCCUCCCUCACCUCCUUGACCGUGCCCCCAAUGAAGAGAUCGAUCGGCACAAUGAAGACCAGCGCAAAGCUAAUCGCCACCGGGAAGUCUUUGCUCUACACCCUGCCCUGGACGAGGAGGAGCCCAUUGAGCGACACUGUGUGCCUGAAGUACCUAAAGAACACUUUGGCCAGAGGCUACUUGUCAAGUGCUUGUCCUUGAAGUUUGAGAUCGAAAUUGAACCUAUAUUUGCUAGUUUGGCCUUAUACGAUGUCAAGGAAAAGAAAAAGAUAUCCGAAAACUUUUUCUUUGACUUGAACUCGGAGCAAACAAAAGGCAUGUUGCGGCCGCACAUUCAGACAGCCGCCAUCUCCACGCUGGCGCGCUCUGCCAUCUUCUCCAUCACCUACCCCUCCCAAGACGUCUUCCUGGUCAUCAAACUCGAAAAGGUACUUCAGCAAGGUGAUAUAGGAGAGUGUGCAGAGCCUUACAUGGUCUUCAAGGAGUCAGAUGCUGCUAAGAAUAAGGAGAAACUGGAGAAGCUUCGCGGCCAGUCAGAGCAAUUCUGCCAGCGUCUGGGCCGCUACCGAAUGCCCUUUGCAUGGACCGCCAUCCAUCUUAUGAACAUUGUAAACAGUGCAGGGAGUCUUGAAAGAGAUACAGAGCUGGAGAUGAGCCUCUCAGAGAGAAAAGGCUCAUGGUCAGAACGAAGAAACUCAAGCAUUAUGGGAAGGCGUUCCCUUGAGAGGACUACUAGCGGAGAUGAAUCAUGUAGUCUGACAGGCUUUAGGCCUGCGACGCUUACUAUUACCAACUUUUUCAAGCAGGAGGGUGACAGGCUCAGCGAUGAGGAUUUGUACAAGUUCUUAGCUGAUAUGAGAAGACCUUCUUCAGUACUGAGGAGACUCCGACCCAUCACAGCCCAGCUGAAACUGGACAUUUCUCCAGCUCCAGAGAACCCCCACUACUGCUUGACACCUGACCUCCUACAGGUUAAACCUUACCCAGAUAGCAGAGUGCGCCCCACCAGAGAGAUCCUGGAAUUCCCUGCUCGGGAUGUCUACGUGCCAAACACCACAUACAGGAACCUGUUGUAUGUGAACCCCCAGAGCCUUAACUUUGCCAACCGCCAAGGUUCUGCCCGCAACAUCACAGUGAAAGUGCAAUUUAUGAACGGAGAGGAUCCAAACAAUGCGAUGCCGGUUAUAUUUGGGAAGUCCAGCUGUGCAGAUUUUGCUAAAGAGGCUUAUACUGCUGUGGUGUACCAUAACAGAUCUCCCGACUUCCAUGAUGAGAUCAAGAUCAAGCUGCCCGCCUCUCUGUCGGACCACCACCACAUUCUGUUCACCUUUUACCACGUCAGCUGCCAGCAGAAGCAGAACACCCCGCUGGAGACGCCCGUGGGAUACACGUGGAUCCCCAUGUUGCAGAAUGGACGGCUGCGAACAGGACACUUCUGUCUGCCGGUUUCUCUUGAGAAGCCGCCACAGUCGUACUCUGUUCUGUCCCCAGAUGUUCCUCUCCCAGGAAUGAAAUGGGUCGACAACCAUCGAGGUGUUUUCAAUGUAGAAGUGGUGACUGUUUCAUCUAUCCAUACACAGGACCAGUACCUGGAUAAGUUUUUUGCCUUGGUACAUGCCCUGGAUGAGCACAUGUUCCCAGUCAGGAUAGGAGACAUGCGCAUCAUGGAAAACAACCUGGAGGCCGAGCUAAAGUCCAGCAUCGCUGCGCUCAACUCGUCCCAGCUGGAGCCGGUGGUUCGAUUCCUUCACCUUCUACUGGACAAGUUGGUGCUGCUGGUAGUUCGGCCUCCAGUCAUUGCUGGACAGAUCGUGAAUCUAGGUCAAGCUUCGUUCGAGGUCAUGGCAUCCAUAGUCAACCGCCUUCACAAGUGCCUGGACACCAGUCAGGACAUGCACGGACGCAACAGCCUGCUGUCCUCUUACAUCCACUACGUCUUCCGUUUACCAAGUAUGGACCCCAACUCCCCAUCACCAGACCCCAACUCAUCCCAAACAGGUCCAGGAGGUUUAGGGGGUUCGGUUCAUUAUGCCACCAUGGCUCGCUCUGCUGUCCGGCCAGCGAGCCUCAACCUCAACCGCUCCCGUAGUCUUAGCAACAGUAACCCUGACAUAUCUGGUACACCGACUUCUCCUGACGACGAGGUUCGCUCCAUCAUUGGCAGCAAGGGCUUAGACCGCUCCAACUCGUGGGUGCACACCAUGGGCUCUAGUGCCCCCUGGGGAUCCAGCCCUGGGUCCGCUCCAGAAACCAUGCAGGCCAUGGAGCGCUGUGGCAAUCGCAUGUCUUCGCACACUGAGAGCGCCAGUUUCUUGCAAACUUUAACAGGACGGUUGCCCACAAAAAAGCUCUUCCAUGAGGAGUUGGCUCUCCAGUGGGUGGUGAGCAGUGGCAGCGUCCGGGAGGGGGCGCUACAGCAGGCCUGGUUCUUCUUCGAGCUCAUGGUGAAGAGUAUUAUCCACCACCUGUACUUCACCGAGCGCUUGGAGUCACCCAGGAAGAACCGUUUCCCUGAACGCUUCAUGGACGACAUCACAGCCCUGGUCAGCACCAUCGCGGGGGAUAUUGUGUCUCGCUUCCAGAAGGAUUUAGAGCUGGUGGAGAGGCUCAACACCAGCCUGGCCUUCUUCCUCAAUGACUUGUUGUCAGUCAUGGAUCGAGGCUUUGUCUUCACUUUGAUCAAAGCAUAUUGGAAGCAGGUGUCCACAAAGCUCUACGCUCUGCAGAACCCGACCUUGGAGUCCUUGAGGCUGGAUUUCUUAAGAAUUGUUUGCAGUCAUGAACACUACGUCACCCUCAAUCUGCCUUGCAGCCUGCUCACCCCUCCCGCCUCGCCUUCCCCCUCUGUGUCCUCAGCAACGUCACAGAGCUCUGGGUUCUCCACGCAUGUCCAAGACCAGAAGAUAGCCAACAUGUUUGAGCUGUCUGUCCCGUUUAGAGAGCAGCAUUUUCUGGCUGGACUAAUGCUGUCUGAGCUGUCUGUAAUAUUGGACCCAGAGAAUGAGGGAAUGUUUGGUCUACAUAAGAAAGUGGUGAGUGUUGUCCACAACCUCCUCUCCAGCCAUGACUCUGACCCCCGCUAUGCUGAUGUUGAGGUCAAGGCUCGGGUCGCCAUGCUUUACCUGCCUCUCAUCGGCAUCGUCAUGGAGUCGCUGCCUCAGCUGCAUGACUUCACAGAGUCCCACAACCAGUGGGGUCGGCCAGGCUGCCCUCAGGGGACGGCAGUGGGCAGCGGGGGAGAAGAAGCAGACGGAGAGAGUAACAGUAUGAUUAGUCAGACUGUUGCCAUGGCGAUAGCAGGCACCUCCACUGCAUCUCCAAUGUCUCGACCAAAUAGCUUCUUGCUCAACUCGCAGGCGAGUCGCCAGCACGGGACGUUUUCAGCUGAGUCCAGUCGCAGUCUGCUGAUUUGUCUGCUGUGGGUGCUGAAGAACGCUGAUGAGUUGGUGCUGCAGAAAUGGUUCACAGACCUGUCAGUAUCCCAGCUAAACCGCCUGCUGGACCUCCUCUACCUCUGCGUGUCCUGCUUCGAGUACAAGGCCCAUGUUGUGUUCACCAUGCAGGGGAAGAAGGCAUUUGAGCGCAUGAACAGCCUAACCUUUAAGAAGUCCAAAGACAUGAAAGCCAAGCUGGAGGAGGCCAUACUGGGCAGCAUCGGGGCCAGACAGGAAAUGGUGCGACGCAGCCGUGGACAACUAGAGCGGAGUCCCUCUGGCAGUGCUUUUGGCAGCCAGGAAAACCUCCGGUGGAGGAAGGACAUGACCCACUGGCGGCAAAACACCGAAAGGAUGGACAAGAGUCACAGAUCAGUCAGGACGAGAGCAGAGUUGGAGCACGAAGCCCUUAUUGACGGUAACCUUGCAACAGAGGCCAACUUAAUUAUACUUGAUACUUUGGAGAUCAUAGUCCAGACGGUGUCGGUGACGGAGUCUAAGGAGAGCAUCUUGGGUGGGGUGUUAAAGGUGUUGCUCCACAGCAUGGCCUGCAACCAGAGCGCCCUCUACCUCCAGCACUGCUUCGCCACACAGAGGGCUCUGGUGUCUAAGUUUCCCGAACUGCUGUUUGAGGAGGAAACGGAGCAGUGUGCCGACUUGUGUUUACGACUUCUGAGGAGCUGCAGCAGCAGCAUAAGUACCAUCAGGUCGCACGCCAGCGCCUCCCUCUACCUCCUCAUGAGGCAAAACUUUGAGAUCGGCAACAAUUUUGCAAGAGUGAAGAUGCAGGUGACCAUGUCUCUGUCCUCACUGGUGGGAACGUCACAGAAUUUCAAUGAGGAGUUUCUCCGUCGCUCUCUGAAGACCAUCCUCACCUACGCAGAGGAAGACCUGGAACUAAGGGAGACCACUUUCCCAGACCAGGUCCAGGACCUUGUGUUCAAUCUGCACAUGAUCCUGUCUGACACAGUAAAGAUGAAGGAACAUCAAGAGGAUCCGGAGAUGUUGGUAGACCUCAUGUACAGGAUUGCAAAAGGCUACCAGACGUCUCCAGACCUGCGGCUGACGUGGCUCCAGAACAUGGCGGGGAAACACUCGGAGAGGAACAACCACGCCGAGGCGGCUCAGUGCCUGGUGCACAGCGCCGCUCUCGUAGCAGAAUACCUGAGCAUGCUGGAGGACCGGAAAUAUCUGCCUGUCGGCUGCGUCACCUUCCAGAAUAUCUCCUCAAAUAUACUGGAGGAAUCUGCAGUCUCUGACGAUGUGGUGUCACCGGACGAGGAGGGCAUCUGCUCGGGGAAAUACUUCACAGAAAUUGGUCUUGUUGGCCUCCUGGAGCAGGCAGCUGCCUCCUUCUCCAUGGCCGGGAUGUACGAGGCAGUGAACGAAGUGUACAAGGUACUGAUCCCGAUCCACGAAGCCAACAGAGACGCCAAGAAGCUGGCCACCAUUCAUGGUAAACUACAGGAAGCCUUUAGCAAAAUAGUCCAUCAGAGUACUGGCUGGGAGAGGAUGUUUGGUACGUACUUCAGAGUCGGAAUUUACGGUUCAAAGUUUGGGGACUUGGACGAGCAGGAGUUUGUUUACAAAGAGCCGGCCAUCACAAAGCUGGCUGAAAUCUCUCACAGACUCGAGGGCUUCUAUGGGGAGCGAUUUGGAGAGGACCAAGUAGAAGUCAUUAAAGACUCCAACCCUGUGGACAAAUGCAAGCUGGACCCCAAUAAGGCUUUCAUCCAAAUCACGUAUGUGGAGCCGUACUUCGACACUUACGAGAUGAAGGACCGCAUCACGUACUUUGACAAGAACUACAACCUGCGGCGGUUCGUCUACUGCACUCCGUUCACCCUGGACGGCCGGGCCCACGGAGACCUGCACGAGCAGUACAAACGGAAGACCAUCCUCACAACCUCGCACGCCUUCCCUUACAUCAAGACCCGGAUCAACAUUAUCCACAAAGAGGAGAUCAUAUCCACACCCAUCGAGGUGGCGAUAGAGGACAUGCAGAAGAAAACUCAGGAGCUGGCCUUCGCCACCCAUCAGGACCCUGCAGACGCCAAAAUGCUGCAGAUGGUCCUGCAGGGGUCGGUGGGCACAACUGUGAACCAGGGUCCUUUGGAGGUGGCGCAGGUGUUCCUGUCAGAGAUCCCCAGCGACCCUAAACUGUACAGACACCACAAUAAGCUACGGCUGUGCUUCAAAGACUUCACAAAGAGGUGUGAAGACGCCCUCCGGAAGAACAAGAGCCUGAUCGGCCCGGACCAGAAGGAGUACCAACGGGAGCUGGAGAGGAACUACCACCGACUGAAGGAGGCGCUGCAGCCGCUCAUCAACCGGAAGAUCCCUCAGCUUUACAAGCCGGUGCUGCAGGUCAACUCCCACAGCAAACGGACAGCUUGAGAAGAGAUUCCUUCAGCAGAUUGAGUCUUCGCAAGCUUGACAUUUGAAGAGGAUACGCACACACUCACCCACACCCAGAAAAAAAGAACAGAAAUUGAAAUAUUAAUUUAUUCUCAAGUGUAAAUAGGAGUGUCUCUUGAAAGGUGGCCAAUGCUUUGGAAAGUGUGUAAAGAGUUACAGCUUGGUACGUCAUUCCAGUGUCUUAAUUUGUUUACAGACGAACUGUUACAUAAUUAGCAAAGCGAACAAAUGGAUCUUGGGGAUUAGAGAUACCUUGGCAUAUACACGUUCUUUGCUCAUCCCGUGUUACCUUUAAAAGCAAACAUUCACCCUGCCUGUUACCACCAACGUAAACUUCCGGCUCGAUACGAGGAUCGCUCCGAGAUCAGUUUUAAGUGCCAAAAAAACCUUUUUCCGCCAACAUUUUUACGUUUUUAGGAGUCUGCAAAUGUGAUUUUAAAAGUCAAGGUGUCUUUUUAAUUCUAUUAUGAUGUGUCAAACAAAAAAGGAAAAAAACAAAAACUAACUGUAUUCGAUUUCAUGUGUGCACUUUUUUUAUUAUGGUGUAGCGAUGCAUUUUACAACUUGAAAGUUUAUGUAUUUGAAAAAGAUGGGAGGAAAAGAAAAUGCAAAAAAUGGUACCAGUAUUUAUCAUGAUGCUUUAUUAUUUAGUUGAACAAUGUUUUGAAAUUAGGUACUUAAAACAUCCUUGUAUAAUUUUAUGUUGUUUUGUU